CCUUCGAACCGACCCGAGAAUGGAUCCCACGGGGGUCAAAGUGCUGGAAACGGCGGAGGACAUACAGGAGAGACGCCAGCAAGUUUUGGACCGGUAUCACCGCUUUAAGGAACUCUCUACUCUGAGGCGCCAGAAGCUGGAAGAUUCCUACCGGUUCCAGUUUUUUCAGCGGGACGCAGAUGAGCUGGAGAAAUGGAUCCAGGAAAAGCUGCAGAUUGCCUCGGAUGAGAACUACAAAGAUCCUUCCAACCUGCAGGGGAAACUGCAAAAGCACCAAGCUUUUGAAGCUGAAGUGCAGGCUAACUCGGGAGCCAUCGUCAAGCUGGACGAGACGGGGAACCAGAUGAUCAACGAGGGGCACUUUGCAGUGGAGGUCAUCCGGAGUCGGCUGCAGGAGCUUCACCGGCUGUGGGAACUGCUUCUGGAGAAGAUGCGAGAGAAAGGCGUCAGGCUGCUCCACGCCCAAAAGCUGGUGCAGUUCCUGCGAGAGAUCGGAGAUGUGCUGGAUUGGAUCAAUGACAAGGAGGCCAUUGUAACCUCGGAGGAGUUGGGCCAGGACCUUGAGCACGUGGAGGUGCUGCAGAAGAAAUUUGAAGAGUUCCAGACGGACCUGGCGGCCCACGAGGAGAGGGUGAACGAAGUGAACCAGUUUGCCAGCAAGUUGAUCCAGGAACAGCACCCAGAAGAAGAGCUGAUUAAAUCUAAACAGGAUGAAGUCAACACAAGUUGGCAGAGACUGAAAGGACUGGCUCUCCAGAGGCAGGGCAAGCUCUUUGGAGCUGCUGAGGUGCAGCGUUUCAACAGGGAUGUGGACGAAACGAUAAGCUGGAUUAAGGAGAAAGAGCAGCUGAUGGCUUCGGACGACUUCGGAAGAGAUCUUGCAAGCGUGCAGGCUUUGCUACGCAAACACGAGGGCUUGGAGAGGGAUCUGGCUGCUUUGGAAGACAAGGUGAAGGCUCUGUGUGCAGAGACUGACCGGCUGCAGGAGUCCCACCCUCCCAACGCCUCUCAGAUCCACGUGAAGCGAGAGGAACUGGUUGCAAACUGGGAGCAGAUCCGCACGCGGGCUGCUGAGAGACAUGCACGUCUGAACGACUCCUACAGACUGCAGCGAUUCCUGGCUGAUUUCCGGGAUUUGACCAGCUGGGUGACCGAAAUGAAAGCUCUGAUUAAUGCCGACGAGCUUGCCAACGAUGUAGCAGGAGCAGAGGCCCUGCUGGAUAGACACCAGGAGCAUAAGGGAGAAAUCGAUGCUCAUGAAGACAGCUUUAAAUCUGCGGAUGACUCCGGCCAGGCCUUGCUUGCUGCUGGACAUUAUGCCUCUGAUGAAGUUAAGGAGAAGCUGACCGUCCUCUCCGAGGAAAGAACAGCUCUGCUGGAACUCUGGGAACUUCGCCGGCAGCAGUACGAGCAGUGCAUGGACCUGCAGCUUUUCUACCGGGACACCGAGCAGGUGGACAAUUGGAUGAGCAAACAAGAGGCCUUCUUGCUGAAUGAAGAUCUCGGGGAUUCUCUGGACACCGUGGAGGCCCUGCUGAAGAAGCACGAGGAUUUUGAGAAGUCGCUUAGCGCCCAAGAAGAGAAAAUCACUGCUCUGGAUGAGUUUGCCACAAAACUGAUUCAGAACAACCAUUAUGCCAAGGAAGACGUGGCCACCCGUAGAGACGCCUUGCUGAGCCGUCGCAACACAUUGCACGAACGGGCCCUGCUGCGUCGAACACAGCUGGCCGACUCCUUCCACCUGCAGCAGUUCUUCAGAGACUCGGAUGAGCUGAAAAGCUGGGUCAAUGAAAAGAUGAAAACCGCAACGGACGAGGCUUACAAGGACCCGUCCAACCUACAAGGGAAGGUCCAGAAGCACCAGGCGUUUGAAGCCGAGCUGUCGGCCAAUCAGAGUCGCAUCGAUGCCCUUGAGAAAGCCGGGCAAAACCUGAUCGACGUCAAACACUACGCCUCGGACGAAGUGGCUAUUCGCAUGAACGAAGUCAUCAGCUUGUGGAAGAAGCUGUUGGAAGCUACCGAGCUGAAAGGGAUCAAGCUGUGUGAAGCCAACCAGCAGCAGCAAUUCAACCGCAACGUGGAAGACAUUGAACUGUGGCUGUACGAAGUGGAAGGUCACCUGGCUUCUGAUGAUUACGGCAAAGACCUAACCAACGUUCAGAAUCUGCAGAAGAAACACGCCCUGCUGGAGGCAGACGUAGCUGCCCACCAGGACCGCAUCGACGGCAUCACCAUCCAGGCUCGCCAGUUUCAAGAGGCCGGGCACUUUGACGCCGACAAUAUCAAGAAGAAGCAGGAGGCCUUGGUGGCCCGCUAUGAAGCCCUGAAGGAACCAAUGGUGACCCGCAAGCAGAAACUGGCCGACUCCCUCCGCCUCCAGCAGCUCUUCCGCGACGUGGAAGAUGAAGAAACCUGGAUCAGGGAGAAGGAGCCCAUCGCGGCCUCCACCAACCGAGGCAAAGACCUCAUUGGGGUCCAGAACCUGCUGAAGAAACACCAAGCUUUGCAGGCGGAGAUUGCUGGCCACGAACCCCGCAUUAAAGCGGUCACCCAGAAAGGGAACUCCAUGAUAGAAGAAGGACACUUUGCCGCGGAAGAUGUGAAAGCCAAACUGAACGACCUCAACCAGAAGUGGGAAUCCUUGAAAGGGAAGGCCUCCCAGCGCCGGCAGGAUUUGGAAGACUCCCUGCAGGCCCAGCAGUACUUUGCCGACGCCAACGAGGCUGAAUCUUGGAUGAGGGAGAAGGAGCCCAUUGUGGGGAGCACGGACUACGGAAAGGACGAGGAC